CGGAAGUCUAAAACUGUCAUGGCGUCUUAUUGAAGAUCAUCUGAUUUCUGCAGUAUAUUACACUCACCUCAACUUACCCAGGCCAGUAUUUGAAGACUUAACACAGCUCUCUGUAUUGUAUGUAGAUCAUUUUUUUUUGAAGAUUUUGGUGAUGCAAAGAUACUAAAAUGGAGAGGAUGGGUUAUACGAAAUUAGUACAUCAAUGUGUUGUAUGUGCUGCAAAAUUCCAGAAAGACUCUGAGUUAGAGGAACAUAGAAAAAUUUGUCGGGAGCGAAAGAAAACUAACAACCAAAUUCAUCAGGUUAUGGGAGGUAGAUGGCGACAAGAAGGAAACCAGAUUGCAAAUUUACAGGGCGAUGGAGACAGUGAAUAUGAUGAUGAAGAAGAUUUUGAUGAUAGCGACAUGGAACAAGAAAUUCGAGAAUCUAAAAAUGCUAAGCAUGAACUUGGAUCUAAUGAUAUACGAGACCGACGUAAGACUAAUGAUGAACUUGAAGAUGAUGAAAUUCCCCCGGCAGGUGAAGAGAGUGAUGACGAAUUGAUCAGUGAUGACGAAACUAAGCAAGUGCUUGGAUCUAAUGAUAUAAAAGAUAGACAUAAGACUAAUGAUGAACUUGAAGAUGACGAGAUUCCACAGGAAGAUGAAGCGAGUGACGACGAAUUGAACAGUGAUGGUGACGCGACAAGUGACGAGGAAAGUGUUAAUCAUGGAACUAAUGAUGACUCCAUUAAUUGGGAAAAAACUAGGGAUAAACAUAAAACUAAUGACGGACUUGAAGAUGAUGAGAUUCCCCAAGGAGAUGGUGAAAGUGAUGAGGACUUAAUGAGCGAUGAUGAAGAUAAGCAUGAGCUCCAAACUAAUGAUAUUCGAGAUCGACAUAAAACUAAUGAUGAACUUGAAGAUGAUGAGAUACCCCUAGGAGAUGGUGAAAGUGAGGAGGACUUGAUGAGUGAUGAUGAAGUGGAGAUGGACGACGGGGUUGUAACUAAUAAUAAAGAUCUGCUACAAGAUCUGGGUCAAGGGUCUUCUGGUUAUAAAUGUGGAGUUUGCAGUAAAUCAUUUAGUAAUCCAAUAGGACUUCAAGCACAUCUUAAAAUCCAUCUCAAAAUUCCGAAAAAACCCAACCCGGUGUCCUGCGAAGUUUGUAAUAGAACUUUCCGUGACAAUCUCUGUCUACAGCGGCAUAUGACAAUCCACAGCGAAGAAAAACCAUUUAUUUGCGGUGUCUGUAAUGAAGCUUUUAGACUGAGCAGUGGUUUACAGGAACAUCUACGGGUUCACACAGGAGAAAAAACAUAUAAUUGCACAGUUUGUGAAAAGUGGUUCAACACAAGCGCUGGUCUGAAUAUCCACAGCAAGACUCAUUCCGGUGACAAAGCCUUUGUAUGUAAAAUCUGCAACAAGGGAUUUGUUCGUAGCGCCGAUUUGCAAAGACAUAAUAAGAUUCAUACACGCGACAACCCCUUUAAAUGUGGCGUGUGUAAUCACUCGUUUCCAAGUAAGAAAAAACUUGAGAUUCACGCUCGUAUACAUACAGGUGAAAAACCCUUUAAGUGCGAUGUUUGUGACAGACCAUUUCGACUUAAGCCCAAUUUGCUUAUGCACAUCAGAACGCACACGGGCGAGAAGCCUUACGAGUGCGGGGUGUGUGGAAAAUCGUUCGCGCAGAGUUCGGGACUGACACUACACAUGCGAAAUCACACCGGUGAAAAACCCUUUGAAUGCGACGUGUGCUUUAAGACCUUCAAGAAGGGACAUAGUCUUAAAGAACACGCAAGAAUUCAUACCGGUGAAAAGCCACACGAAUGUGAUAUCUGUCAUAAAUUUUUCACCCAGAAAAGUACGCUAAAAGCGCACAAGGUCGUACAUCUGGAAAAGAAACUCUUCAAAUGUGAUAUAUGUCAGAAAUCGUACACGCGAAGUUACACUUUACAAGAGCAUGUUCGAACGCAUACCGGCGAGAAACCGUAUAAGUGCACCGUCUGUAACGUGGCGUUUGCCCAGAGUAUAAUCUUACGAGAACACAUGAAGAUACAUACCAAAGAAAAAACAUAUAAAUGUAAUUUGUGUUUGAAGUCUUUCUCGCAAGAUGCUGAUUUGCAGAAUCAUACAUGUUUAGUUGCUAUUCCAAAAAUUGAACCCUCGGCUGUUUUGCCAUGAAGGGUAAAUAGACUGUAAAUAUUAAGAAAAUUGUCUCCAGUUUUGCAUUUAUGUUAUUAGUUACGCGAGAAUAAUUGCUGGAAUGAAAUGGGCUUAACCAUACAAAGGAGCAUAUGCCAUACAAAGUGCUAUGAGGGGAAAUUUUGCCCGGGCAGUGGCACUAUGGCCUACUCUUACAGUAUAUCGAAUUCCAAUUGUCGAAAUGAAAUGAAAUGAAAUGGGGUUUAACGUCCUACUGUUCUGCUCCUAGACUGGGCUAAUGAAGACGGGCAUACGCCAUACAGUGUGCUAUGAGAGAAAUUUUGCCCAGGCAGCGGCACUACGCCUACUCUUAUAUCGAAUUCCAACUGCCGAGGGAUCUUUUACGCGCAUUCCAAUGUAUACACAGGACCUCGGUUUUUCGUCUCAUCCGAAGGACUAUACAGCUGUCCUUGUCAGACCCUCCGUCCUGCAUUACUGACAAGGGGGAGCCACGCCGGAAAAUCUGGAUGAACUUUCUCAGCCAAUGCAGGGAUCGAACACCCGACCUCCAGGCUAGUGAGCCAGCCUCUUAACCACCUAGCCACCGUAGCUCCAAUUCCAAUUGUCAAUGGUUGUUUUACGUGAAGGGGUUUGGAUGGUUUAGUAGUUAGCACGUGCACGCUGUAUCAUUAAGUCUGUCAUUGAGUCAACUGGCAUGGUUUCGAAUCCAUGGUUGUACGUGACAAGGAGUAGGGUCGUCUGUCCAACCUCGUGGGUUUUCUCUGGGUCCUCCGGUUUCCUCCCACUGCUAAAGACCCCUACGCGCAAGCGAAUUAUGGAAAUAAAAUUGAACCAUAUGUUAGUUCCGAAAUGACCUAGUUUGUGUCGAGUGGACGUUAAACCCCAUUUCUCUCUCUCUCUUUUUUACGUGAAUGGCAACAUGUACAAGGAAUCUCAGUUUUUGUCCCAUCAGAAAAACUAGAUGUUGUCCUGUACCACUGAUAUUAAAUUUCAUUUCUAGCAUCUAGCCUUGUGUGCGAACCAUGGUGGCUAAGUGGGUUAGACUGGGGGGGGGGGGGGGCGUGUUCGAUCCCUGUAUUGUCCGACAUGGUUUCCCAUUGUCAGUGGUGCCGGAUGGAGGGCCUGACAAAGACAGCUGUCUAGUUGUUUAGUUGGGUCGAAAAACCGAGGUCCCAUGUACACACUGGUGUGCACUGAAAAAGAUCCCUUGGCAGUUGGAAUUCAAUAUAAGAGUAGGCCGUAGUACCGCUGCCUGGGCAAAAUUUCCCUCAUAGCACACUGUACGGCGUAUACCCGUCUUCAUUACCCCAGUUGGAGCAGAACAGUAGGACGUUAAACUCAAUUUCAUUUCAUCUCAUCUAGUCUGUAAAAGGAAAGGUUAUAAUAGUCAUAUCACUCGCAAUGUUUUGGGAAAUGGUGUUUUAAAGGAGCUAAAUCGCUAACAUUUGGGACCUAAAAAUCGACAAAAAUGUGUCUCAACGUAUAUAAUAAUCUAAUAUUUAUAUAUAUAUGAACUGAUUUACAUUCAAUCAUUUCUGUUUUUUCUGUAAUUUCAAAUCAGUUAUGUACGGCGAAAGUCUCAAUCCAAUGGCAAUCUCUAGAGUGUAUUCGAAACAGUGCAGGUUCGAGAACGAUGGAAGAACAUAAGAACACUUUCAGGAGUCUCGAACAUGAGAGAACGGUAUCCAUGGUAACAAGAUGAAUUAAAUUUUUACAAUCUGUUACGAUAACUUGUUUAGUACUGACUUCGUUAUUAAGCAUAAUUUUGAUAAAUUAUGACUCCGUUUUACUCCUUUUCAAUUCUUUCGGUGACGAUUACAUCGCUUUUUGAUACGCCAACAUGGAAAUGUGGUCGCAUAUUGUCGUCUCCGUCGUCUACAGACCCGAUUGUUUGGAAAUUGAUAUGUUGUUUAUUUUAGUGAGAUGAAGCCUAUUUAAUUUCAAUAAUUUCCGUUAGUUUCUUCUGGAGUUAUGGCCCUUGUUUCACUUUGUGAAAUUCAUUUGCAUCAUUUAAAUUAGUGAAACGAAGACGCCUAUUAAAUUUCUGCAAUUUCAGUGAAUUACGUCUAGAGUUGUGGCCCUUGUUUCACUUUGUCGAACCUUGUGAACGCGCGAACAACAAAAUUAUCAUCCGAUCUGUAUGAAAUUUGUAUGCAUUAUUUAAAUUAAUAAAACAAAAAACAAAAAAAUCUGUCAAAUUUCAACAAUUAAGGCCCUUGUUUCAGUUUGUAGAACCUUUGUAAACCCACAAACGACGAAAAUUAUAAUCUUGUAUGAAAUUUUGUUGUAAAUGCCCCAAUUACCUACAAAAGAAUGAAUAUGCGACAAUCCCUGUUGACCGCACGGACGAUUUAACUGCUGUGGGCGUGUGUUGUGUUGCCUGCCCACCUAUCUUACUUGAUGUUAUACUGACCACAAUUUUCGAACGGUAUUAAACUUUUAAAUUAAUAAAUGCACCCAUGAUGCUGUUUUCUUGGCAGUUAUCGACGCGUCUACCAUGUUUGUUCUCGUCUCACACCAGCUAAUGAGGUUGUGUGGUAUUUGAGAACGGGAAUGUGUUCGCGAACGCAUUCCAGGCUGCUCAAGUCCGACAAGAACCCAUUCUCCGUCCGUUCUCUGCACUGGAACACUGUUUCAAAUACACCCCUAGUGUCUGGUUAUUUCAGUCUACACCUGUAGUAUUUAUUGCGUAUGCUCUCCAGAUAAGAGUAUGAGGUCACCGUUUGUCACUUGUAGAAUAUGUCUAGCCUCAUUCUUCGAGUCCCCUGUUACAAAUGGCUCUGAAACGCAUUAUGUUUAUUUUGUCUUACAUAUUGGAUAUCAGAAGCCCAUCUUUUCCCGGUAAGAUCACAACAUCAAUGUUGAUUUAGAUUGACAAAUAAUUUGUGUUUUCCAUGUCAAAGACUUUGGAAGAUAUUGAGUUCGAGACUUGGCUACUUUAACCAACCAUGUGUUGCUAUGUAUCUCUCCCCAGACAAAAUAAUUGUUUCAUUAUUAUAUAUACAAACAAAUUUAGAUUAUGUUAAUAAUUGUAAUUGUUGAUUUAUGAAUUGUAUGUACUUAAUGAUAUGCAUGUAUUACAUUGAA